AUGUAUCAUCAAGAUAUGAUAAAACUUGACCGUCAAGAUGACAGUGCUACAUACCAUGCAUUUUGUUCAGGAAAUUUACAAAAUUGUUAUGAUAUUAUUAAAGAGGAUAUGCAGAGAAUUUUUGUAUAUCUUUUUAUUAUAGGAGAACUUAUUGAUAGUUACUUAAAUCGAGAAAUAACUCCAUUAGAAAGAAUUAAAAUGUCAAUGACAGCUUUUUUCUUUUUACAACUUUGGAAAAAACAUAUAGCAAACAUGAGUGAAAAAUAUUCUGAUUUUAUUUCUUUAAACAAAAAUUUUUUAGCAGAUCAAAGAAAAUCAGUAUGUGAAGGUUAUCAUUUUGAUUAUAAUGUAGGAGAUAUUAACUCAAGGAAUUUGGCAACACUAUGUACUUGGCCAUCAGAUGCUGAAAUUACUCUGACUAUAGAGUAUUCAUAUGAAUUGGCAUCUGAACUUGCUAAUGCUCUUGAUAUAGAUACUAUUCAACAUGUAAAUCCUUUAAUAUUACAGCCAUAUAUUUUGAUAAAAAAGCAAAAUUCAGAGAUAUCAGCUGAAAUUGAGCUAAAUUCUAAAAUUAAUGAAUUUUCUGAAAUCAAUAGAGAAAUUUCUGAUGUGAUCGAUCAAGCUUCUAAACAUGCUGCCAGCAGUAAUGAUAUUUUUGAUUCCUUGAAUAGUGAAGAAAAUACUGAUGAUCGUAUUCACCAAAAACAGAUUAUUUCAAUUUUAAAUGUUACAAAAACAUAUAAUAAUGAAAAACAAACUCAUGAAUAUCAUGAAGCAUAUAAUUCAAGGCCAAUUAAAAGACAAUAUCGUGUAUAUGAUGAUAAGCAAACAAAUACUGGAAGUAUCAAUCCAAAUAAGGCUAGCCAAAUUGUUUCACAUUUCACAAAUAAUAAUGAUCCAACAAUAUAUUAUAUAAAGCCACGCGAAAAAUGA